AGUGAGCAAGGGGAGAAAGCUGCACAGCUUUGGAGAGCAGAAGCGCGAAGGCACAGUGAAUGCGCCCAAGGCCACGGACUGAACAGAAACUGGGGAGAUGUUCCAGAUUGAGAAGGACUUUGGGGACCAUUUCUCCAAGGACCCUCGUGGAAGUGUUGGAAGCGCCUGCGCUGAUUAUAUGAGCGACACGGCCAGUUUGGUGAGUGAAUUAGAUGAAACGGACUACGAGGUGCGAAAGCUGACUGCUUUAUCUUUCCGGAGCCUAGCCUGUCCCCACAACAAUUACAUCGAGCUUUCCAGCUCCAGGGCAUCCACAGAGUGGUCCCUGUCGCUGUCGGAUGACAGCAGCGCCACCAAUAAGUGGUCCACCUACGCCGAGCUGAGUGAGGCCAACUUGGCCGAAACUCACCAGCCACCCGGCACCCCCAUCCGCGCCGCAAGCGCAAAGAGCGAGGAGAGCAGGGAGGAGAGAGGCGGCCCUUCAUUCGGGGGAGGGCAGGUUGAGUGUGUGGAUGUGGCCGUGGAGACACAGGAGGGCCGGACCGUCCCCAAGAGGGAGAUCCAGUUUAAGAAGCGGGAGAGAAGCGAGCUGACCUUCUUCGGGACCAGCGAUGCCAGUGGCGGGCAGGAUGGCACUCGGUGUGGGGAGAUGGCAGCGAGGGACGAGGAGAUCGGUGUUUGCAGAGAGGAUGCGGGAACGGAGGUGAAGGAAGGGGGCAGCGAGAGGCCGCUGCAGAGGAUGGAGUCUACGGAGGAGUGUUCCAAAAAAGCCAAGCUCGCAUCCUGCCACAUCUCCAAUGUCAUCUUCAAGAAGAUGCAGUUUGAGCAAGAACUGAAGAUGGAACGCGGCGCCGUCCACGAACCCCUCUCGUCCGUGCCCUCCACCCCCUCCUCCGUCAACUUGAAGGAAUUCGAGUUCCCCGUCAACGCCGAAGGCAAGCGGCGUAAUUCCAGCGCAAAGCCGGAGAGUGAUAUCAUGGGGGAGGAUGUGGCGGCGCUCUUGAGGAGGAGAAGCAGCGAAGUGAACGGCGAGGGUGCAGAUGACAAGAGGGGCGUCCUCCGGCAAGACAGCGGCGGCUCCCUCAAGGGUGAAGGCAUCUCCGUGGACGGGCACACCAACCACGACAUCCUCGACGCCCAGAGAGCAGUGAGGCCAGGGAGGGCCAUGGGGUUGGGCGGAAAUUUGGCCAACAAUCAAUCCGAAACACCAAGCGUCCGAGGCGCCUCAGAUGAUGUGGACUGUACCCCACCUGCUGCCAGAGAGAGAUUGCAGACCAGCAGUUUGGUGGCACGUUGCGAGGACAAAGCCAAUUAUAAGCAGUCAGGUAGUAAUUUGGAAAGAAGGAAUGUCUCAAGGAGCAUCUCAAUGCCACAGCCAUUAGGGAAGACAUCUGCUUCUGGUGCCAAACACCAGCAUCAAGUAGAUCCCUUUGGAACUGUUGAACAGUUGGCUCCACACAUUGGCUCUCUGAGUAAGGUCAUUGCCCUCGACCCCAAGUAUAUGACCCUUCCAGCUUCAUUUAAGUUUGAAACAGAUGGCUGCAGGAUCCAAGAGUUACAGUUUAAAAGAAGAGAAUCUGUACUAGAGAAAACUAAAGGUCCGAUCCACCAGGUACGGGAUGUCCGCAAGCUUGUCAAGAAUACCUAUGGUGCCUUAAGAUUCAAUGCCAAUGAAGCAAAAGCUUUUGGAUCUGCACAGGUUCUUCAGCCCAAUGGCUCACGCAUGCCCAUGGCAUCUGAUCAAACCAUUGCAGCAGUGGAAGGUUCCCCCAUACUGCCAGUCUACAUCCACGGCAAGACAACUGGUUGGAGAAGCAACAGCAAUGUAUCAGUCGACAAAAAAUAUUGGACCUAUGCUGGGAGCACAGACACCUCCAGGACAUACUCUGAUGAUAUCAAGUUAUUGAUUCCAUUCAACACAAACAAAAGCACAAUUGAUCACCCACAAAAAGCAAGAACUGAAACUCAGAGUGGUAAAAAAGACGGGGAGAAAGAGUGUGGAGUGGCAACUAAAUCAACUGAAAUGAAGAACUCCCAAAAGAAAAUGAUGAAUGAUGAUGAAUUACAAAUUCCAUUUGCUUCAAGAAUGGAAGAUACCAAGGUGCCUCCAAAAAAAGUUAAUACUUCACAGGAUAAAAUAAGACAUUCUGGUCGAGUAGAGAACCAGAAUUCAUCUUUAUCAAUGUCUAAUGCAUACACAGAAGAUAAGAAUGUAGAAUCCAUUGGGGCUAAUCAAAACAUAGCAGAGAAGUUCAGGAAGGAUUUUGUAGAGCCUGCUCCAAAGAAGAAUGAUAGCAAAGUGCCAACCAAUAGAGUUGGUUCUAAAAGAGAAGAUUCAGUAAAACUAAACAGUGAAAAGAAGCAUAUUGGAAAUAUAUCUUCACUCCAUGAGGAUCUCAAUUCAGUACAUGGAAAAGCUGAUUCUAAAAGAGAAAUUCAGAACAGGCCAGAACAUACAAAUAAACUCCAGAAGAUUACAAUUUCAAAGAAUAAUGAUACCAAAGUAGUGGGGAUUAAUGAGCCUAAAAGUGUGGAAAAUCAGAAUAUACAUUUGAAUACUCCAACUCAUAACAUAAAUGAUGCAAAGUUAUCGGCAGGUAAAGAUAUAUUGGAGAAACUCCAUUCCAAGUUGGAUCUUCAGAAGACAUCAUCAAGGAUGUCUUCAUUAAACAGUGAGAAGACUCAAGAGUUAACUGGGAAAGGACAACUCAACAAAGAAAGCCAAGCCAGAAACCUGGGAAGUAAAAAUAACAAUUCUGAAUAUUCAGUUUUUAAGACUGAAAAAAUCAAAGGAAAGGAUGAAUGUGGAACAGAAGGUCAAGUCAAGGUAGAACAGAAGAGAAAAUCUUCUGGGAGCUCCAUGCUUAACACACCCAUAGGAAAAGAUGAGAAUAUUAAGACUGUUCAGUAUGGUAUGGAAAGUAAGAUGAUGAUUAAGUCACUCUCCCAAACUGCAGAAGUCACAAAGUUGCCUAGGAGAAGCGAGUCUAAAAAUGAGACACAAGCUGGACAGAAAAAGGAGAAAAGUGUUUCAAAUAAUUCCACAUCAAAGAGUGAUGUAAUAGAUGUAACAUUUGGGAAAUAUGAAACUGUCAAAGAUAUACAAGUGCGGCUGGAGAAUCUGUGUAAAGUUCUAGGAAAGUCAAAUGAAGAAAGGGUUGGGAAAAUGAAAGCUGCUGGUGAGAGUCAGGCUUGGCAGGAUCAUCAGAGAAGACUCCCGGGUUACUGCACCGAGACUAGUGAAAGCAAGAGCGAGUCUAAGAAGGAAAACAAGAAUGAUUCUGAGGAUCAAGUAAAAAACAUUGAACAAGCACAAACAGUGGAAAAAAGUGGACUGAAAAUGCUAAAAGAGCCAAUAAAGGACAGUUAUGUUUUAUCAUUGAUUUUAGAAGAAGAAAGCAAGAAUAACUCUGAGCCAUCUGAUGAUGACAUUAGAAGUAAACAUUCAUCUAUGAAGAAUCAGGCUUUAAAUAGCAUUACUGCACAAGCUUCUCAACCCUCUUCAAUAAGUGUCACAGAUAAACAAAGUACACUUACUGUGAAAGGCACAAAUCAUUACCAGAGCACACACAGCACAGCAAAGACAUCAACUCACAAAUCUGAAAGCAAUGUUAAUAAGAAAAGCACAUCAGCCUCUGCCACUAAUAUCCCUGUUUCAACUUUAGUGGAAUACCAAGAUACAACUUCACAAAUCCUUCCAAGUUCAGCAGAAUUGAAGGUGAAGGCACUUCCUCCAAUAAAUUCAGUCACCAGACUAUUUGGCCUGGAUCAGAAGCAGAAUUCCUGCGCAGGUGUGCAAUCGGCUAGAGCAGAAGGCACACAAGAACAUGGAUCAGCAUCCUUGGAAAGUGUAAAUUACCUUGCUAUUUCCAGUGAGGAACGAAGGUCACAGGUGCCAAAUUUGGGACAAACAACCACUUCCCCUCAUUCUACCGCCAUUAAACCAUUGCCCUAUUUUCAACAUCAGCGCAGCUUGGAGCUAACUGAACCUCCAAAACAAGAAAUGCAGUCACCUUCUCAUCCCCAGGAGCCACAGACUUCUCAGAAUCCAUGUUAUGGCUCCUCAAAACAAGGUCAGCCUCAAUUGUCCCCUUGUUUUCUAGGGACAAUGCCAUCAAGCUUUGUGGAGACAGCUUGUGAUGUAUCCCAGUCUCAAGAAACAGGUAAUCCUGGCAUCCCUUCUUUUCAGUACCCUCAGACUCAGAAAAAGAUGCUUGUGGAUCCAGAGACUGGAAACUAUUACUAUGUGGAUGCUCCGGUUCAACCUUCACGCAGAAUGUUAUUGGACCCAGUAACAGGACAAUAUGUGGAAGUUGUAAUGUCUCAGCAACCCUUUGGUGGUGUGUAUCAAGUGCCUUUCUCUCCUUACAUCUUACAUCCAGGAGUUAUGGGUCCAUCUUAUUUACCCAAUAUGCCUUAUCCUGGAGUAUUUGUUGGUCCUCCUGUGUCUUCUCAGAGACCUCUGGAGAUGCAAAGCCAAUCACUGUCUCAACAAGGUUCUGCACAAGAUAAAGCAGAUAUGCACCACCAUGAACACCCCAUCCAUAGGAGCUUCUCCUCUGAGUCUACACAGAUGGAAACUUUGUAUUAUAUACCAACAGGUAUGCCAUUAUAUCCAAACCCAAGUCAGCCUACUCUGCAGCAAGUAGCAACACAGGCAAAACCUAAUGCCGAUGUCAAAGACAAUAAAGCUAUAGGUUAUUGGCCAAUCCAACAUACUUAUGACAUGAGCAAUUAUCUGCCCCACGUAAGGCCAAGUAGCUUUGCAGUGGAAUAAGCAGAAAAUACGGUAUAUCUGAUGAGAGGCUACGGUAGGGCAAGAAGAACCUGCAAAUGAGCAAGGAUCAAACAUUGGCUGCAGAUUCAACCACAUUGCCACGCAAUGGACAGCUGGCAAGCACUGUACACCAUACAAAGUAAUUUCCACCAGGCAUCUCAACAUUAUCACUCCAGGGCCAUAAGGUUUUGUUCAUGGCUUUAUUCAAAUGAUGCCAGGAAGCAUUUAGUGUGCCCUAGUUCAUGGAAGGAGUUCGGUUCAAUAUAAAACCAAAGAAUCGAGGAGAAUUGAUUGAGUAUCGCCCCAGCCUUUUUUUUUCAGCUAUUGAAGUACAUGAGCAAUUCAUACAUGGCUACAAUGGGUUCGCUGACUUUUGGUCCCUGAAGUUUGAGUGAAAAGAACUAACAUCAAAGAUGUUUCGUUACUGUUGCUUAAAGCCAACAUAAAUGUAAUGUUUUAUUGUCAUAAAACAAUCAGUAAAAGGGCAAAGUUAUGUGAGGACAGUGCUCUGGACCCACGGUACAUUUCCUGUGAGUUCCACAAAUACUAUCUAAUCAACUAUUUAAAGAAAGACUGACAUGAAUAUUUCUAUGAUUUAAAAAUAAUGUUCAUAUGGGCGUAGUGCAUGUGGUAAAAUUGUCGGCAAACUUGAUUGUGAGUCCACAGUUAACUGCAAUCUAGGUGGUUCAAGCAAAGAAAUGCUCCGUAACGUUUUAUUUCAUGUGUCACACUUUUGAGGAAUUUACAUUCGGCCAUCAAUAUAUCGCUGUGCAAUCUGAAAUAGAAUUUAUCAAUUAGUCUAUAAAGAUGAGCUAUAUUAUUAAUUUAACAAAUACCAACAACUUUUCUUACCUUUUGACACAAAAAAACACCUUAAAUGAAUUCAGAGACCUGUCAACAGAAACGUAUUUUAGGGAGUGAUUCUUGAACCCUAUAUAUUAAUUGAGUCAGCUUCGAAGUUAAAUUAGACUACAUUUCAUGUAGGCAUUACUGGGAUAAUACAGAUUGAGCACUUAGCAUUAACUUUGGCUGCUAAUGUUGGGGAUAUAUUUUCCACCAAUGCCAUUAGUAGAAAUUGACAUGACUAAUGGUGAUCUCCAAUUAGGUGCCUGUUAAAAAAUUAAGCUGCUCAGUUUAAUUUGUACUUGCAUUUAUAUAUCAGCUCUAAAGAUAUUAACAUAAUAAAUCUCCCUUGAAGUAUAGUGACUGUUGAGUGUGAGUUGGAAUGAUGUUAUUCAUUGUACAUACCAAGGAGGUAAAAUAGAUCCAUUAAGGUUUCCGUAAUUUUUUCAAAGAUAAAAAUAUGAUUUACAAAUGUGGUAUGGGGAGAAAGGAGAAAAGAGUUGUUCAGUAAGAAAUGGGUCCGUGAAACCAAUGGCCAUAGAAAUAUAUUUUCUAAUAUUUGCCACACCAUUUUUGUUCUCUGCCAGGUACUUUGUCCUCCCUCUGUUAAUCGGCUCCCACUUACAAGUAUCAUCCUCACUUUGGCUGAGGCAAAUUAAUUUGGCAUUGGAAAAGCAGCUGCAUUUUUUUUAGAUGUAAUUACUUGGAAUGCAUUGCCUGAAGCAAUAGUAUAAGUAGAAACUACAUUAACUUUCAAAAAUAAAUUCAAAAUAUUCUAUGUAGGGGAAUUAAUGAUAAUCUGUGAGGGAUAGGAAUCAUUGCACAGCUCUUUCAGGGAGCUGGCAAUGCACGGUACAUUGGUAAAAUGCCAUCCGAUAUGCUGUAUGAGUUCAUGACUCCUACUGGUAAAAUUUGUAUGAACAGGACAAUGAAGGGACAAAAAGUGUACUAUGAUGGCCACUGUGUCAAACCUAAUGGUCUGGGCUAAAUGAAAAGAGCAGUCAAGGAGAGCUAGACCUUGUUAGGAGCAAGCAUAUUUGAGAAAAGUGAAGAAAGUAGGUACAUGAAAGUGAUUAACAAUAGUAUGCAAAUAGAGUCCUGAUAUGACAGUGAAACAUUAUAAAAUGGGAGUUAUUACUAGUUUUAUUUAUGCAUUAAGUUUUAGGUUUUAUAUCUUGUGAUGUUUAUAUGUGCAAAGCAAUAUUGUACUAAUGGCCAUGGUUUCUUAGCUUCAAAAUCCCACAAUUAUAAUGAUUAAUAACCUUCAAAAUUCUUGUUGUAAAACUGCUGGUACUUGUGGAGGAAGAUCUAUUUUCAACAAAUUUAAUGUCUGCUCUUCAAAAGCUCCUGCAGGGCUUUUGCAGAAAUGCUCCUAUGUGUAAAUCAAUGCCCUUUGAAACAGAAAGUAAAUGCCCAAGGUAAAACGAGCCCCGAGAGGUUUCUGGUCUUAGGGACAAUAUUCAUGUAACCUUUUAUGAAACGACAGAAUGGAGCUCAAGACAAUUCCUUUUGGUCGUUCUAUUCUGGCCUUCCCAGCAAAAGUCAGAAACUCACUAGGUAAAACAGACAGCUAACAGCCUCUGAACCAUCCCAGUUAUUACUGAUGUCAAGCAUAAAAAUGCUUGUUUUAUGUUAAGAUUAGUCUUCAAUGAAAAUGAUCUUGAUCCUAAAUUCAUUGCGAUAAUUCUCAGAAUCAGGCUAUUGAGCAGAGGGUUGCUCUCGAACCCGAGUGAAAAUAUUGUGGAUUAAAGACCUGCUCCAGAAACACAAGCACAACAUUUAGGCUACCAUUCCCAAGAACAUAGCUGCAGGAAGAUACCCUGAAGGAGGUACUCGAUUUUAGAUCAGCUGUUAAAUUGAAACCCAGUCUGUCCUGUACAUUUGGUGUGAAAGGUCAGAUGAUGCUAUUUGAAGAACAGGGGAAUUUUCUCCAAUGCCUUGUUCAACUCUUAUUCCUCAUUCAGUACCUAAAACAGAUUAUCUAGUCAUUUAUUUAUUGCAGUUUGUUACUCCCUUACUGUGUACAAAUUGGCCAUUUUUCCUACAUUAUAACAAUGACUAUACUUCAAAUGUAGUUUAUUGGUUGUCAAGUAAUUUAGAAUGCCCCAAGAUCAUGAAAGACACUGUAUACUGUAACUUCUUCAAAGCCUGAAAGGGAUAUAGUGUUUUAUAGUGACUUUAGUGUAAGAAAUGAUUUGUGGAAUCAUAUAUCUUUUGUUACUUUUUAAAGUUACAAUCACGCCUUUUGAAAAUGCAAAUACUAUUUAGAGCUCUGCUUAUGUUUUGUACCAGAUUAAAGCAUGUUACGGUAUCUGAUAUGCUAUCACACUUGUAUUCCACAGGUUUGUCUUGUAUGAAAAUGAUUGCAUCUUAUGAUGAAUAACAAAUAAAGACCUCCUGAGAGAA